AUGGUGACAAGCUGGCUCUGGCAGUAUGAAUCCAGAGGUCCCAGGUUCGAUCCUCUGUGCUGGCCGCUUGCCUGGCGUGCGGGGUUACCCCUGCUGGGUCUCUGGGCGGCUUUUCCUGUCCCCCCAAAUCUCACUGAGCCGCCUCUGUGUCCCCCUCCCCAGCUGCAGACCUUCGGCGUCCCGUCUCCGUGCCAUACCUACCAGGAUCUGACCAGCGGGGUCCCCAUUGCCCAGGUCCUGCACAGGAUAGACUCCUCUUGGUUCAACGAGGCCUGGCUGCUGCGGAUCAAAGAUGACACCAGCGACAACUGGAGGCUCAAGGUGAGCAACCUGAAAAAGAUCCUGCAGAGCGUGCUGGAGUACUGCCAAGAUGUCUUGGGUCACCAGAUCUCAGAGUGCCACCUGCCCGACGUCAACCUGAUCGGGGAGUUCUCGGACACCUCGGAGCUGGGCAAGCUGCUGCAGCUGGUGCUGGGGUGUGCCAUCAGCUGUGAGAAGAAGCAAGAGCACAUCCAACAGAUCAUGACCUUGGAGGAGUCUGUCCAGCACGUGGUUAUGGCGGCCAUACAGGAGCUGAUGACCAAGGACCCAUUGGACACGUUGGCCUCCGAGACAUACGGCAGCUUCGAUAGCCAGUCCCGGAAGUACUAUUUCCUCAGCGAGGACCUGGAGGAACCGGACGACAUGCGGCAGCGCUGCCAGGAACUGGAGCAACAGAUCUCCAUGCUGGUGGAAGAGAAGAACACCCUGACCCUGGAGAACAAGACCCUGAAGGAGCAGAAGAACCGGCUGGAGUCAGAUACCGGCAGCAAGAAGCUGCUGCUGCUGCAGGCUCAGAUCACGCAGCUGCAGGAGGAGACCUUCAGGCUGGAGAGCGGGAAGGAGGACUUCCGCACGCGCUGCGAGGAGCUGGAGAGGGCGGUGCAGGAGCUGCAGCAUCGGAACGAGGAGCUGAGCAGCCUGGCCGAGGAGGCCCAGGCCCUGAAGGACGAGAUGGACGUGCUGAGGCACUCCUCGGACAAGGUGGGCAAGCUGGAGGCCGCGGUGGACGCCUACAAGAAGAAGCUGGAGGACCUGGGCGACCUGCGGCGGCAGGUGCGGCUGCUGGAGGAGCGGAACACGGUCUAUAUGCAGCGCACCUGCGAGCUGGAGGAGGAGUUGCGCAAAGCCAACGCCGUCCGCUCCCAGCUGGAGACCCACAAGAGACAGGUGCGCGAGCUGCACGGCAAACACUCGGAGGAGGCCUUGAAGGCUGAGAAGUGGCAGUUUGAGUUCAGGAACCUCAAGGAGAAGUUCGAGGCGCUGGUGAAGGAGAAGGAACGCCUGAUUGAGGAGCGGCACUCCCUCCGCGAGGCCAACGAGGAGCUGAGAUGCGCCCAAGUGCAGCAGACGUGCCUGAGCCAAGCAGAUGCCUUGCUGGAUGGAGCCUCUUCUCCCAUGGACAACCUGGCCGCUGAGAUCUUGCCGACUGAACUCAAGGAGACCAUCGUGCGCCUGCAGCACGAGAACAAGAUGCUGUGUGUGCAGGAGGCGACGUACCGGGAGCAGCUGGCCGAGCUGCAGGGGCAGCUGGAGGAAUCCAAGCGCACCAAGAACCGGCUGGAGACCCAGCAGAGGUUGCACCAGCAGCAGAUCUUGGAGCUGAAGGCCCAGGUGGAGGAGCUUCAGAAGGCCCUGCAGGAGCAGGGCACCAAGGCGGAGGAUUCUUGCCUGCUGAAGAGGAAGCUGGAAGAGCAUCUGGAGAAGCUGCACCAGGCCCACUCAGAACUGCAGAAGAAGCGGGAGGACAUCGAGGACUUGGAGCCCAAAGUGGACAGCACGACCGCCAGGAAGAUCAACGAGCUGCAGCAGUGUCUGAAGAAGAAGGACGAGGACAUGAGGGCCAUGGAGGAGCGCUACAAGCGCUACAUGGACAAGGCCUGCACGGUCAUUAAGACAUUGCACCCCAAGCAGCCGCCAUCCAAGACACCCCCUGAGAUCCAGGCCUUAAAGAACCAGCUGCAGGAGAAGGAGGUGAAGAUCCAUCACCUGGAGACCAACUUGGAGAAAACGAGAUCCCAGCGGGAGCAGGAAGAGAAGCUGAUCAUCAGUGCCUGGUACAACACGGGCAUGGCGCUCCACCAGCAAGCCACGGAGCAGCGAUCGGCCUCCUCCAGCAGUGCCCAGUCCUUCCUGGCCCAGCAGCGCCAGGCCACCAACGCCCGCAGGGGGCAUCUGGGCCGGACCCAGCCCCUGCUGGCCAAGUAUGGAGACAAGCCCCCCCAGCUGCACUGA